AGCGCCACCGUUCUGUAUACACACAGUAUAGCCCCAUAGUCUGACUGGGUAGGACGUGUGCUUCUUCAGCUGCUCGAAAAUAUAAUCAUUUUUCACACACACACACACAUACGCAUACGCAUACGAAGCCGGGGAAAAGGAACAACAACAACAACAAACGUCGGCUUUUUCAUACACUAUCAACGGCAACGUUAUCUUUGCCAUAUUCAUCGUUACAAAGAAAGAAAAAAAAAGAAAAAGCUUCUGAUUGACAAAACAAACUGUGACUACUUCUCGUGCAAUCGUUCUUCGUUUGCCAUCGCGCAAACUUGAUUUUGAAAAUUGGUGAUUGGAAGCAGAAUUUGUCGGCACACCAACCGGGGGAUCAUCAACACAUUCGGACACUAUUGCUAACCUGAAUACAUUUCAUUAUGCCUAAUGAAAGGGUUUGCAGAUAAGAUGACGGAUCAUCAGGUAUUGACAAACACAACGAGCACCACUUCUCCAACCAUGGGUUUACAAGCACAUCCUUGCAGCAACAAGCGGACAAUCGAGGGAUUAGAAGAACCGGCCGGCCGGACUCAACAGAAUCACAAUCAUCAUUACAAUAAUAAUAAUAAUAAUAAUCAGCAAGUCUACCAAGUGCACGGUGGUCCACGUGCUGCUAAACAGCAAUGCACUAUACGAGUAGGACUUGAAGCUCCUGAUCAUUUAACGACGUUGGUGCCGAGCAAUUGCAACCCUGGCACGGAAUCGGUAACCAACAACAACAACAGUUGGUACCGAGAUGUCCAGCAACAACAUGCUCCCGAUUAUGAAACAUACGUCAACGGAUUCACAGCUGCCGAAGUUCGAGCUUCAACACCUUACUCGACAUCGUCGACGUAUUAUUCGAGCACAUCGACUCACAGCACAGAAAACGUAGCCGUCCCUGCCGUCGAAUACUCUUCCUACGCUAACAAUGGCUCCAACAACGUCCAGUAUUCGAGCCAAAAUGUUUAUCAGAAUCUGACGUCGAUGUUGCCCGUCGCCAAUGGAAGUGGCGAGUCGCUAGCGGAUCGAUUCGAACGAGUCUGCAGCAGCCCACGACCCUAUGUCCAGUACAGCGGCCGUGAAGAACCUGCUGGAUAUCAUUACGGAACCAACAACGAGUCCAGGUCGGAUGAACGCUAUUGGACGUUCGGCUACACGGCAGCUUGCCCUAGAAAAACGGGCCCUGCUGGAUAUGCAAAAUGCAAUAGUAAUUACAACGGCUACAAUGGUGAAAAUGGAUUCGGUCAUCAUAAAGCGACGGCUAAUGGUUACCAACAGCAGCAGCAGUUGGUGGGAGGUGGCCAGACGAUACAGCGGGAUGAAAACGGAAAAUCCUACUUAGAAUUAGGUGCCAAAGCGGCUGUCCAGCCAGAUUGGACUCGCCCACAAAUGUGGCCGGCUAAUAAUAAUGGCCAACAACAACAACAUUACGCUGUUGCUCCUCCUACGCCGUUGGUCAAGUCUUGCUCGAAAUGCGGGCACGUCCUUUUAAAUCCAGCUCGAUCUCUACCGCAACCUUGCUAUCGACAUCAACGACUCUCUGUCCUGUCACUUUCCAUGCUCAAACUCAACAGAUAUCGGCAGUGUUCCGAUCCCAGUCUUCACCGAUCUGUUCUCAUAUGCAACACUUUGCGUCAUAUCGAGGAUGAGAUGGAAAGAGAAGGACCAACUGAAACUUCGUCUGCUCCAACGUCUUCUUCUUCUUCGACAGCCAAUAGUUGUGAUACUUGUUGUUGUUCUCAUUGCGGUACAGUUUUCAACAAGCCGGACAACUACGGCAACGACAACAGUACCGCCAAUAAUGCCAACAACAGUGUCGGUGUCUACGAUACAACGCCGGAAACGAACUUCAUUAACGCUGGCGAGUACGGCGGUAGUCAGAGUAGCGCAACAACAGCAGCAGCUACGACCACCACUACAAUUGCAGCUAGCACUAAAUCAAAUUCGGUGGUGGUGCAGGCCGAUGAAGAUGAUUCGGGUUUUGGUGAUGAAGAUAGCCGAGAUAUCGACUGGAGUUCGGUUUUUAGUAUGUCGACAGCGUCGGGAUUUGAUGCGUCACCUGGUAACUCCAGUUCGUCCGAUUCGUAUUUGUGUGAUUCAAACUCUUCGGAUCCGUCUCUGUUUGCCGGUGCUGAACUCGUCAGCGAGUUGGGCCUUUCCAAUUGGAAGACUAGCCAUUGUGGAUCAUCUACAAACGGUCAUAGUGGUGGCGCUACAUCGUGGACUAGUGACUCUUCUGAUUUUUCAGGUGUUCGAUGGAAAAGUGAAUUGGGUGAUGAACUCGAAGGUUUCGUUCACAUCUUGGUCGGUUCCUAGUAGUCCGGCUCUCUUUUCCCACCGUUGCUCUCUCGAGAUUGUCAAUGAAACUUCCAAUUGCUCAAGUGAAACACAGAGAGAUUUGUAAAAAAAAAAGAAACAUUUUUGUUCUGACACCAAUGAAUCAGUGAUGCUUUUUACAGCGUAUCCUAAUUUCAGCCCUGGACAAAUCACGGACAGCUCCUCCUACAAAGAUAUCCUCCCAUCUGUUGUGUACAUACCGUGUACAAAAUGUAUUGUGUCGAAUUCAAUGUUCAAUCAUAUGUAAUCACAAUCUUGCGGCAAGCCAUAUCCAAUACAAAACAAAAAAAGAAUUUCAAAUGAAA